CGCAGUGGGUGCUAUUCCUGGCUUUCCAUGGGAAGCAGGCAGGGGUCGCCUCCAGAUGCCACUAGCUGGACAACUGGGAGAUACUCCCACCUACUGACGCCUCGGGCCACUAUUGGAGACCCAGAGUGGCCCCCCCGGACCUUUGACACUGGGGUCCCUGUGCGAAAGGGAGGUGGCCAGUCGAGCGGGCCUGGGACAAGGAAAGUCAGCCUGCGCCCCCCGGCCGCCGCCGCCACACUGCCCGCCCGGUCCCCGGUCCCUCCCCCCACCCUGGCCCCGCCCCUCCCGCAGGCCGAGCCCCCGCCGGGGAGGGGCGCCGGCGGCAUCCGGGGCGGGGCGCGCGGAGGAAGCGGGGUGACGCCACACAAAGCUCCCAGAGGCGGCGACGGGACGCGGCGGCCGAAGCCGGCGACACUCUCCGGCCGCGUCCCCCGCCCGGCAUGGACUCGCCCGCCCGCCCGCCGCGCCCCGUUUCCCGCCGCUGACCGCUACCCCGGACGGCCGCCGGCCCCGCCCGCGCCCCAGGGACGAUCAUGCGCCCCCCGCGCGAGUCCCGGCCGGGGGGACCCCGCCGCUGACCGCGCCCCGCCCCGGACAGGCCGGAGGAGGAAGGAAGGAAAGAAGGAAAGAAAAGAGGACAACUCCCAGCGCCCGCGCCGCCCAUGCCCGUGCGCCAGGCCCGCGCCCCCCGCGCCCCGCAGGACACGAUGCCGCGCGGCCGGGCCCUGCGCCGCGGGGGCGCACUCGGCGGGUUCCAUGGCUAGCGGCGCCGGCAGGACCAGCGGCGAGGCGGCGGCCCUCGGAGGUCCCGGAUCCCCCGCGGCCCCAGGACCCCCCGAGCCCCCCGCUGCGCUCCCCGGACCCGCUGGACCCUCCGAACCCCUCGAGCCCCCCGGACCCGCGGAGCCUCUCGGACCCUCCGAACCCCUCGAGCCCCCCGGAGCCCUCGGACCCGCCGAGCCCCCCGGACCUUGCGCGCCCUCGGGGCCCGGCGCGCAGGCGCGCAGGCGGCUGGUGGCGGUGUGCGAGCAGAGCAAGGGCCGCAUGCAGCUGGCGGCCGAGCUGCUGCUGCUGUCCAGCGAGGCGCGGCCCGUGCUGGCCGACGGCGCCGAGUCCUUCGAGCAGUGCCGGGACGCGCUCAUCGCGCGCACCAAGGGGCUGUCCAUCCUGACGCACGCCGUGCAGACGCAGCUCAACAUGGGCCGCCUGGCCGAGGCGGCCGAGCGCCUGCGCGAGCUGGCCGAGCUGGUGGUGGCGCUGACCGAACGCGCCGCGCACGCUGCCUACCUGGCGGCCGUGGCCACGCCGGGCGCGCUGCCCGCGCAGCCGGGGCUGGUGGACCGCUACCGCGUGGCGCGCUGCCGCCUGGAGGUGGAGCAGGGCUGCGCCGUGCUGCGCGCCACGCCGCUGGCCGAGCUGGCGCCGCCGCUGCUGCUCGAGGUGUCGCAGGGCCUGUCGCGCAGCCUGCGCGCGCUCGCCGAGGCCUGUGCGCGCGCCGCCCAGCGCGCCCGGGACCGCUUCGCGCGCGAGCACUUCCGGCGGGGCGUGCGCUGCGUGAGCGCGGGCGGCGCGGCGCUGCUGGGCUGCGUGCGCGAGCUGAAGGCGGCGCCGAGCGAGCGUGCCCGCGCCCGCUGCGCGCUCUUCUGCGGGCCGCUGCUGCAGGCCGUGGGCGCGCUGGCCGCCUUCGCCGCCGAGCCGCAGUUCCUGGGCCGGCCGGCCGCGCUGGGCGCCCCGGGGCGCGCGGUGCAGACGGCCGUGCUGGGCGGCGCCAUGAGCGUGGUGUCGGCCGCCGUGCUGCUCACGCAGGGGCUGCGCGACCUGGCGCUGCUGCCCGCCGGCGGCGCCCGCAUGGCCGAGCUCCGCGAGCGACUGCGCCACGCCGCCUGCGCCGUGGCCGAGGGCUGCACGCUGCUCACCCAGGCGCUGCGGGACCGCUGCUCGCCGCGCACGCUGCCCGCGGGCGCGGGGGACUGACCGGGGCUGAGCGCCGGGGGGCGGAGGUGGGGGGUGGUGGUGCUGAGCAGCGGGGUUGCGCGCCAGGGCCCGGGCACUGAGCGGCGGGAAUGGACACCAGUGCGAGGGAGCGAUCGGCUGUGGUGGGCAGUGGACUGACGCCUGGGGCCAGGCUGCCCGCCCAGGACUGACCAGCCGGGCUGUGCAAGGGAGGUGGGCACCGCGCGGGACACCUGGACCCGGGGACGGGGCUGCCUGCCCAGGACUUGAUGGCCAGCCUCCGCCAAACACUCACCAGACUAUGAAAGAGGCGGCCCCACCCUGGACGCCUGCACCGGGACCCCGGACGCAGCUACAGGCCCACCUGCCGUGGACCCGAGCCCCAGGCCUCCCCUGCCCACUGCGCCCAGGCCUGUCUGGUCGGGUCUCUGGGAUCUGUGCCCAGACUGAAGGUUACCCCAGUCCCUUGCCUGGAUGCCCCCCCUGUGUGCGUGUGCUGUGAGCACUGGACUAUUUAUUUAAGCCAUUAAAGCCGUGUUUCUCA